AUGUCUUCCAGUUUAGACCAAAUACUCCAGAAGGACUUUAUCGAAACAGAUAGGGAGAAAACGGUUGGCAAUUAUAGAUUGUCAUCAAUUCUUACGUCUAGUCGCUUCUCUGAUGUGAGACUUGGUUUUCAUCUACACCAUGGACAUAAGGUAGCAGUGAAAUGCAUCAAGAAACUUGGAAAAUCAAGGUCCCAGAAACAAAUACUGUUAUUUAAGGCAGAAUACAAAUCUCUGAUAUCUUUAAAGCAUCGUAAUAUUGUAAAAAUGUAUGAAACCAUGGUUACAGCUGAUAAUAUGUACCUUGUUCUAGAAUAUAUUGACGGUAAAACAUUGUCCGCUUUAAUCAAAGAAAGGUGUGGUUUGGGUGAAGAUAUGUCUCGUUUCUUAAUGUAUCAGCUAGUGACUGCUGUGUCUUAUUGUCAUAGUAAUUAUAUUAUACAUAGAGACAUUAAACCUAGUAACAUUAUGGUGAACAGAGAACUUCACGUUACACUUAUAGAUUUUGGUUUAAGCUGUAAUGCAAAUCAGAAAGAAUGUAUGACUCAAUCUUGUGGAACACCUGUGUAUACAGCACCAGAAGUAUAUCUUGGUAUUCAGCAUAGUUUUCCAAGAGAUGUAUGGAGCAUAGGUGUUGUGUUGUAUGAAAUGGUCAGUGGAUGUCCACCAUUUUUUGACUUGACAACAAAACACAAGAAUGAUAUAAUAGAGAACAUUCACAGAAAGUUAUUUUUCCCAUCUCAUUUAACACAAGGGUGCCAAGAUUUAUUAACCAAAACGUUGACAAUAUGUAUAAAAGACAGAAUAUCUAUUGAUGACAUGUUAUUACAUUCGUGGUUCAAAGACGUUUCAUGA